UCCACUCGCUCUGCUCGUACACAGCAUUCGCCCCCGCUCGCCCGACCCAUUGGGACUCGAUCGCGACCCUGCCUGGCCCUGCAGCGUCGUCUCCUGCUCCCUCCUCCGCAACCCCCUCCCCUCGAAUCCGCAACGGGUCGAAAUGCCCACGGCCCCAUAGCCUGUCCUCCAGGCUUCGAGCUUGGAGAUCGUCCAAGCAAACGCCAGACUCGCAGUCGGCGGAAAAAACGGCUGUUGAUUACGAGACGCCCAUCAGCGAGCCAGCAAGCAAGCAGCAUACAAACUCCUCCGCCCAAAUCGCGAACAAUGGAGAGCAACCUUCCGGUCCCCAGCAGGGCCAGCUCGGCGGAGGAUUCCAAUGCCUCCGGGGAGGGACGCGUCCGCAAAUUCCCACGCACCGCCGCCAACGCCGCCAUCGACCACCACGCACGUCGAAAGUCGAGCGCUCCCUCGACCGCCCAUCAGAGCAGCGCCAGCACCGCAGCAACCUCUGCCCCCCGCAUGCCACCCGCCGCCGAGGGCAGCAACAAUAACGGCAACAGACCCGGGUUCCGCGGGCGACGCACAUCGGUGCGCGAGCACAAGGCGCCUCUAGGACCGAGACCGUACGAGAAGCAGAGAGUGACCAGCGAUGCCAGUAUCAUCAUGGCCCAAAACCGCUCCUUCCCCGCCAACAGCGAGCCUUCCUUUGCGCCUGCCGCCUCGCGCUUCAGCUUCUCCAACACUCCCCAGCAACAGCAGCCGCGUCCCCAUGGCGACUCCAAGGGCAACCACACCAAUCCCACCCCUCUCAGCAACAUCAUCAACACCGCUCCUCCUGCGAGUGAAACCUCCUUUGGCAGCUCCAAACCUUUUAUACCCGAGGUCACCUUUGACGACUUCGCCAACUCGCUGUCCUACGAACCCACCCUCAACAACUUCCCUUCUCCUCCAGAGUCUACCGUCACAUCCCCCGUGACUGCCACCAUGCAGGCUCCACCAGCCGCGCAGACGACUCAACUCCCGCAUCCCAGACAGCCGGCGCCAUCUUCGAUAUCGUCGUCUGUUCCACCACCGGCCGUUUUCGCUCCCGCUGCUCCCGCCCCGCGACAAAAUCGAAGCGGUUCUUUAAUGCGUCGCUUCAGCCAGUCCAAGAGUAACCCGCCUUCCAUACAGCCAGAAGCCUCUCCGGCACCCCCGCAAGCCACUAACAUGGCCAUUCGCACUCGUCGUCAGAGUCAGUUCCCUGCUCCAGCUCCGCAGAACCCUGCAGCUCGUGCACCACGCAAGUCUGUUGGUCCCGGCAUGCUUCCUACGCCCAGCGGUGGUUUCGACAGCAGACAGGAAGUCCCCAAGCCCUCCGGCGAUAUUCCGCAGACCCGCAUCGGUCGAACCGCAUCGUUUGGGCAGGGUAGCCGCCGACCAACGAUAGCGCCGAACGUGAACACUGGCACUGAGAUUCCCACCACAAGGGUGCCCAAUCCAGCUCGCUCGGCCAAGGCAAAGUCCUACCACGCAUCCUCUAAACACCCCCCGAGCAUGCUGGGUUUCGACCAAGGGAUCCCCCCAAUGGCUGCGGCUCGUUCGCCAGGACGACCAGCGACGCGCACGCAAACCCCAUCUUCUUCAUCUAGCAAACGCCAGUCUACAAUCCACCACGUCAGCGGGUUGGGAGCGAGAACUAUUAGCCCAACGGAUACCCGGAGACUGAAGAGGCUUUCAAUGAACCCUAAUGCGGUUGUGCCCACGAGUCCACCUACCCCGCAGGCUGAUUACUCGCUCGACGACCGCCCUUUCGAUCAGUCUCCCGCUCUGAUCUUCAGGAAAAGCGUCACGCCGUCUUCGGCGCGAGCUACACCCGAUCAGAACCGCAAGUCUUAUGCCUCGGGUAUCUCGCUAUCCUCCAACUCGAGUAUCAACUCGUUGCGAAUGGGAAACAGCAAUUUGCAGCCACGGACAGGCCCUGCGUUUCCUGCAUUUCCUGGGUCCCGUCUUCCCACCCCAAAGCCCAGAAAUGUACAUAGCUCUGCGGGUGGAGAAGAGGAAGAAGAAGUGCCCCCUGUACCUGCCAUCCCCAAGGCAUACGAAUCUCCCAAGGAACCUGAUCAGAGCAACUUUUCUUUCACGGCAUCGGGACUGAAAGCUUCGGUGCCAGCGUCUACGGCACGCGACGAAAGCAACGACGGCACUGGAGAUGUCAGCGCUGCUGCCAUCAACGAUAUCGAGCAUCUCGGAAUAACGCCUACGAAGCCGGAAGUCGUUCCCAAAAGCAACCGAAACUCCAUCAGACAUAGGAGAGGUCUUACGGUCGGCGCCGGAUCGGAUGCUGAGAAGUCGCCCGUUGUGUCAUCAAGCAAGAAGAACCUGCAGCCCAUCAGACUCCCUCCUUUGAAUCUUUUGCCCUUGGGCACACCUUUCAACAACAGGAUAUCCUCGUUGCCCGCGCCACCUGCUGAAUCGGACGAUCGCGGUACUAUCACGCCGCCUCCACCACGGACGGCCAACAAAACUCCCAGUACUCCCAUGACAGCGUCCAAAGCGAGUUUCUUCUCAAAGAACCAUGAUGAGCAAUUCUCCACUGGCAAGCAUUUGCGCAGCAGCAGUUCCGCGUAUAAUUUGCGCGCCCCUGUUCCUUCUCUCCACGGAGCGUCCGCGAUGCCCAUACCUACGCUGAACCCUACUCGGCAAAUGGCUACGCCUUUCUCUUCGAAUUCACUUCCCAAAAACGGCGGUGGAUUUGCGCCGUUGGAGACACGGCCAUCUGCUGAAUACAUGGGUCACACAGAUGUGGAACUACAGUCAGUCCGCGGGGUGCAAGGACCUCGUGCCGCCCCCGCGCGCAAGGAAACCUCUGACACACAAGCCUCGACUCCCUCCGAACCGGAAACCCCCUUGUCUGCUACUUCCCUCAGACGGAAGCUCAGCUUGAGCGGCUGGCGACGCAAUGGAUCUAAAUCCAAUGUACAAGCCCAAAAGGGUAGCCAGGCCCAGAAGAAUGAUGAGCAGCAACAGCAACAUACUGUUCAACCGCCCAAACAAGGAGAUAUGCCUCCUCCACGACUCCCUGCUUCAGCAACUUGGAGCAACGGCCUUGGAGCUAGCCCGACUCCUGCGACUAGGACCCGGCCUUCUCUUGACUUUGGCCGCCGAAAAACUUCAGCGGCGACUAUUGCCAGCGAUACCGAAGCUGAUAAGGCUUCUGGACAAAAAUCCAAGAGUGGUCUCGGCUCCCGCGUGCCCUCUGCAUACGCCGAAUCUUCAGGAACGCAACCUCCGCCCAAAUCUGCUUCGUCAAUCUUAACGCCGGUGCAUAGAAUGCUCGGUAGCAAGAGCUCUACCAACAUGCUAAGAUCUCGCAAUCUUGACCCUAAUCUGGACAAGGACGAUCUGGUAGCCGAUGAGGAGAUGAAGAAACUUGCCUCGAAACGCAAGGACUUUGAGCAUGCUGCGCGUGAUGUUGAUGAGUUGAGAAAGAGAGCGCGCCCUCAAGAGAAGGUCUCUGCCAGCCAAGCAUUGCAAAUGGUCAAUCUGAACAUCUUUGAAAGAGGAGAAAUCAUUGACUACAAAGAGAUUUAUUUCUGUGGCACCAAGAGCGCCAAGAAGCACGUUGGUGACUUGAAUGCAACAUCGGCCAACUUUGGCUACGACGACGAUCGCGGGGACUACAACAUUGUGUUUGGAGAUCAUCUGGCGUAUCGCUAUGAAGUCGUCGAUAUGCUUGGAAAGGGGAGUUUUGGUCAGGUCGUUCGUUGUGUGGAUCACAAAACCGGAGCACUCGUGGCCAUCAAGAUCAUUCGCAACAAGAAGCGCUUCCAUCAGCAAGCCCUGGUAGAGGUGAACAUUUUACAAAAGCUUCGCGAAUGGGACCCCGAGAACAAACACAGCAUGAUCAACUUCACGCAGAGCUUCUACUUCCGCGGUCAUCUCUGUAUAUCCACCGAACUUCUUGGCAUGAACUUGUACGAAUUCAUCAAGGCCCACGACUUCAAAGGAUUCUCGCUUCGGUUGAUCCGACGUUUCUGCAAGCAGAUGUUGAGCUCACUCGUGCUUCUGAAGGGCAAGAAGGUCAUCCACUGCGAUUUGAAGCCGGAGAAUAUCCUCCUUGCACACCCGCUGCACUCGGAAAUCAAGGUCAUUGAUUUUGGCUCCAGCUGCUUCGAAAACGAAAAGGUGUAUACCUAUAUCCAGUCGCGGUUUUACCGGUCGCCUGAGGUCAUCCUUGGCAUGAGCUACGGGAUGCCGAUCGACAUGUGGAGUUUGGGGUGCAUUCUGGCUGAGCUCCUUACCGGGUAUCCCAUUUUCCCUGGAGAGAACGAGCAGGAGCAGCUGGCGUGUAUCAUGGAGAUCUUUGGUCCUCCCGAAAAGCACUUGAUCGAGAAGAGCAGCCGGAAGAAGCUGUUCUUUGACUCCCUAGGCAAGCCCCGCGUCACAGUAUCCUCCAAGGGUCGACGACGGCGUCCGAGCUCCAAGACUCUACAGCAGGCGCUCAAGUGCGAUGACGAUGCGUUCCUGGACUUCAUCACCAAAUGUUUGCGGUGGGACCCCGAACGUCGUAUGAAGCCCGACGAAGCGAUGCUCCACGAGUUCAUUACUGGCGUCAAGCGGGGUGCACGACCCAGACCCCAGAUGAAUAUUGCCAACACCUCGAGCCCGGUCAAGCGUGUUCCCCCAUCGCAAACACCUUCGUCACGUGUCCGCCCGCUUCCCGAACCACCAACCACGAGCUUCAAGAACGGUACCGCCGUGAACUCGAGCCGCGAGGUGUCGGGUAGCUCGCCAGUGAAGACAGCGCCCAGGCGGCACUCGACGGUCCAAGGAGGGCCAGCAGGUGUCAAACGUACGGCAAAUGGAGCCCCGCUGAAUCCAGGUAGCAGCCUGCCCCGAGUAGCGCAGCGGAGCGUGUCCGGGAGGCCUGACCUUGCUUCGGCGGCGGCAGUCGCCAGUCUUGUAAGUACCGAUGCAUUGAUACAUUUGUAG